UUUCCUUGAGAUAUGAAGAAUCAAUUUUAUUGAUUAAAUCAGGAGUAAAUAAUCAUGUUAUGGGACUGAUACUUGCAUUUUGUAUUGGUAUAACAGUAUAUUUUGGAGAAAUAUUACUUUUGAUUGAACACAUUCCUACAACAGCUGUAGGCACAAUAAUCUUCUACUUGGGACUGGAUAUGAUACAAGAGGCAUUUUUAGAUUCAUGGAAAAUUUUCAAUAUGGUAGAAUAUUUGAAUAUUAUAGCCACAAUGAGUGCAAUGACAUUAAUUGGAUUUGUUGAAGGAAUAUAUAUAGGAAUUGCAAUUUCUUAUAUAACUUUCAUAUUAUCAAAUUAUCAAAAGGGAGUGAUUAGAACAACAUUUUCAGGUGAUUCAGAUAGAUCUUCUGUAAGAAGGCAUUACAGAGACCAUAAAUUUCUUGAAAAACUUGGUA